GUCUAUGACUGUUCAUUUGGGAGGACAUUCGAAGAAAGUUCUAAAACCGAGAUCAAAUCGUCUACGUCUAGUGAAUUACUGGAAUUCUCUGUCAGAACCCAUAAUAUCAGCAGCUUCUUUUAAUAUAUUCAAAACGAGAUUGGAUCUUCACAGUGUAACAAACUGCAAGGAUUAAUAUAGGUCAAUAGACCUCUUAUCCUUAUUACUGAGGACCGUAUCUUCUGGCGGCAAUUUCGUUUUGUGUUCAAGGCAGCUGUUAACGUAGCGAGUAAUUGUUUCUACAAUGGAUCUUGUCAAAGCAGAAAUAGCAAGGCAACGUGAGAAGCUAGUUAGCAGCGGAUUGUGUGAAAAAAAGUUCUUUAAGCGUUCACUAUUAAAACAAAAGGAAGAAGAGGAAUAUUUCAGCAAAUCCAAACGCAUCAAAGAACAAGCGAAUAACAAUGAAGAUUAUAAUUUUAGGACUAAGACGGAGGAAGAGGAUCUCUUGUUGAAAAAGUUCGAAGAAAGAAGUCGGGAAGAAAGAGAAAAAGGGAAGCUUAUGCCUCGUAAAGAAGUUAUUCGUCUUCUAAGGGAACGUAAUCAACCCAUACGAUUAUUUGGUGAAAGUGAUUAUGACACUUUCCAACGGUUGAAAAGGGUCCAACUUUUAGAACCUGAAUCAAAAGGAUUGCGCAAUGAUCUAAUUGCAGCACUAGAUAAGUUGGAUGAUGCUGAGGAUGAAGAGUUUUACACCUCAGGUCGUGGAAAAUCAGCUUCCGAAUCUCAGUCUGUUGAUAGCUCAUCAACCUCCUCUACCUUGGAUGUAAAAACAAAAGAAAAUGUAUUAACAGAAGAAGAACUUGAGAAGAUAAAGAUAGAUUUAGCCCGUUAUGUCACCAUGAAAGAGGGUACUGCUACUGAUGACGCAACGACUGCAGUUGUUACCAUUAGUAAACUUGCCCCAGAUAUUGUAUGUACCAAUGACUUUGACGAGGGGUUUCACGAUCAAGUGAUCGACCACACCCUUCGCUAUCUGAAGUUCCUUUUGUCAAAAUGGGGUCAUGCUUUGAAUACCAGGACUAAAGAAGAAAAACUAUCGUAUUCUGGAAAAAUGGCCAGUGCAACAUAUACACAAACAGUAGAGUAUAUUAAACCACUCCUUCGUACACUUCAGAAUAAUCGUUGCAAAGAUGAUAUUUUGAAUUCCUUGGUUAAAAUCAUGGUUUUGAUGAUUGAUCGGAACUACCUAAAGGCCAAUGAUGCUUAUUUAGAAUUAGCUAUUGGAAAUGCUCCUUGGCCGUUAGGUGUCACAAAUCACGGUAUCCACUCACGUACUGCGCAAGAAAAAAUCUAUGCCAAAAAUGUAGCACACGUUCUGAACGAUGAAACACAACGUAAAUAUAUUCAAGCUAUAAAAAGACUAAUGACACAAUGCCAAAAGUUUUUCCCAUCAGAUCCUUCAAAGUCUGUCAAUUACAUGGGCACUGUGGGAUAAUUUACCAUAUUUCAAGUUUCACUCUUUUAGUGUACAUAAACUGAUUUUUUCAUUUAGUAAAGUUGUUUACUGCAUGUAAAUAUGACUAGUAUAAAUUUUGGAGAAUUAUUAAUAUUCAUGUUCAGACUUCGUCACGUAGUUCUUCUACAAAAGUUUUUAUUAUUUGAAAGUCUUUCAUGUUAUGGUGCGGUAUCUUGUUGAUUGAUAAGGGGACAGUUGUAAUAAAUUUGAAAGCUUGAUAUGAUUAUCCACCUAGUUUCUCGAACUUUUUUAUGAAGAGUUCGAAACAUAUGAUAACAUGGAAAACCAUUGUGUAGUGAAAUAUAGAACCAAUAGUAUCCCGAG